AUGACGAUUGAAAACAUCAUGAUACAAACUGAUCAAGUCGUCAACGAUGCUGUAUGCUGUACAGUAAACCUUCCCAUUUCUGUACUCAAUACCUUCCUCAAUCAAGUCCACACACAAGAAGACGAAGAAGGAGCGGUGCCGACAUUGACACUGAUUCACGAUCUUCAGACACGAUUCUGGGGACCUACAAAGGAGUUGCGAGAACCAGACAACAACGACAACGACAACAAGGAAAGCAAUGCUGGCAUACUAGACACACCUUUUCUCAAUCUCUCACCUGUCGCCAUUGUUGCAACUCUCCAACACCUGACUAGGACUACAGACUCCGCUAUCCAGACAGAUUGGUUUUUGGUUUUAGACGCUCGGUCUAUGGAGGAUCAUACAGCUGUGAUUGUUAGUGUAGAGCAGGAGGAGGUGAGGCAAGUGAGGGUGGAGUGGAAAACGGCGAGUAGAUAUUUGGCUGCUGCUAGCACAAGUCAUCCGGGUAUUGAUGAAUUGAUAGAGAUUGCGGAGGGGAAUGAGGAUGGAGUGUUGAGGGAUUAA